AUGUUCAUCUUUGCGCUGUUCUGCCUGCUGGCAGUGGGCAGCCAGGCGAAGCCAGUCGUGGAGCCUGCCCAGCAUAUUGUCAUUGUGACGCCUCAGGCGCAGGUGCAUCUAGAGCCAGCGUUGCGCUACGUGCAUGGCUUGUCGCCUUUGGCGCGCGUCUCUGGCCCGCAUCAUGAGGAGACCAUUGUCUAUGUGCCAGCUGGAGCUGCAGCCUCUGUGGUGCCCACUCUAGGCGAUGCCGUAUCCACUGGCCGUGCCAGCAGCCGUAAUCCUGCACAGGAAACCAGGCAGACAGAAGGCUUCCCGAAUGUCAAUCAAAUCCAACAACAGGUGCAGCAGGGUGUUGAGAUCGUGAGCGGACAAAUUGGUGAGGCUGCUGAAUCAGCAGUUUCCGCCGGCUCUGGCUUCUUCCCCGGCCUGUUCCCCUACCCCAGUUCGGGCAGCAAAAACGAAGAGUUGCAGAAGCUGAAGAACGAGAAGAUCGAAUUGAUUGAAACUCCGGCCAAUACCCAACCACUGUUGGCUGCCACCGAGGCGCGUCAUUUCUACAGUCUGCCACAGGUGUAUCAUACGCCCGUGGUCGAUGUGGUGCAUGCCCCAGUCUAUUCGUGGCCCAUUUCAGCUAUACGCGCACGCAGUAUUCAAACUGAGGAGGCACCCAUUAAGGUCACUGAGGAGAGGGCAGCGCCAGAGGUCCCAGAGGCUCAGCCACUGCUCAAAGAGCAGAAGCAGCCAGAGCAAGCGGAACAGCCAUUGGAGCAGCUGGCACAGAUCAUCAUUCCUGCAGCCGUCGAGGCCAGUGAAUUGAAGGCAGAGAUUGCGGCUCGUCAGCUGGAGGAGAGCAACGCCAUCAAGCAGGAGCAGCCAAACGAGGAGAUUAAGAGGUCAACCCUGAAGGAGCCGCUUCAGGAAACCAGAAAGGGCCCCAUCGAGACACCCAUCAAGGAAGCCCCCAAGGAGGCUGAGAAGGAAAUCAUUCCGGAACCAAUUCAACAGAUUAAGAAGGAAGCCCUACCUGAAGCCAGAAAGGAAGCCAUCCAGGAGCCCAGGAAAGAAGCCAGCCAGGAGCCCAGUCAAGAGGCUCGCAAGGAGGCCAGUAACGAGGAAGUUACAUCACCCAAUCUAAAGGCCGUUGAGGGUAGUUUAAAGGAGUUAAUUAAGGAGACAAUCAAGGAGCCCAUCAAGGAGACCAUCAAGGAGCUCAUCAAGGAGGAACUCGAGGAGGAGCUACCGCUACUCAAGGUCAUUCCUGCUGCCGCUGCCAUACCUGCUGAGCCCCAGCCUCAAGUGGAGGCACAGCCCGAGCCCCAGCCAGCCGCCGCUGAACAAGCGGCAGCAGGAGCUGGAGCAGGAGCAGGAGCUUAAGUAGCCACAGCUAUGAGAGCAAUUCACAUCAGAUCACAUCACUUCAAAUCACAUCACACACACAGACACACACUCAUACACGCAUAUUCUAUGGGCAGCUUUGGUAUUCUACAACUCGAUCUGUUCCGUGCCUAGGCUCUGGGCCAGGCCGUGGGUUAAUACAUUUAGUUACUAACACAGUCACAGCGAAUCAAUUUCCGACUUUCAAACAAUUAAUUAACAGCGUAAAAGGCAACAACAAACACAAC